AGAAAUAUCCAAAUUAACACAAUCUUUCAGUUAUUGUCUUAUUGGCAGUUUGAAGUUCGUUCGCUUCAUCGAUUUCCCCCAAAUUCUCUUAAUCGAUAAACCCUAAAAACUCUAAUCAUUUGUUUCUAUCUGAAUUUACAUCGAUCUCGGUCUCUAUUCCUCGAUCUCUGAGUAAAAAUGUCGUCCGUUGGAACAUCAAAAGGGAUUCUAGAGAUCGCCAAGUUCGGUUUCUACGUCGCUGUUCCUAUCGGCCUCAUGUAUACAUUCGCCAACAACAGCACCAAUAUCAAGAAAUUCAUGGGAAAUCGUUCAUAUGUUGUGUAUCCAGAAGAAGCACCUCGACCUCCUUCACCUGAGGAGCUUAGGGAGAUGGCACGAGAGCUUGCGCGUAAGAAGAACAUUCCGUGAGCUGAUGAGACGGAAAUAUACAGAAGUUUGAUGUUCGAGGUUAUAGUAAAUUGCUCGGCAUAGCAACUGAUAUAAUAAGGUAAUAAUGUUAUGUUGUGUUGUUGAUUCCUGUAAGAUCAAAAUGAGAUGUACAAGUUAAAGCUAUAGUAAGGAAGAAGAAGACGAAGGCGUUUGUUUUGUUAAUGAACCUUAGUUACAUAUUUUGUGUUUAUACACAAACACACAUCAAUGGAUGAAGUCUAAAACAUUUUCUGA